AUGACGGAAACGGAUGAAAGUGUUCCACUGAAAGAUCGCUACGAAUCUUUAAAGAUAUUGUGCAGCGAACAGAUUCUCGCAAACGAGCUCCUUAAAGAUGAAUUAGACCGUCUGCGGAAGAGUUUUAGGGAAAUAUCAAGGCACAGAACUUUUCUUCUGGAAAAACUUGUUUCGCAGCAGUCUAAAUCAGCCACAAAAUUCGAUCAUGAAUCUAAUCGAAUAAAUAAAGUCUCUUCAGCACAACAUCAACAAAACCGCAGUUCUCACCCACAGAGAAGUAGAAUAUUGCAGUCGGACCGUCGGACAUCCGUCCAAGUCGCUGGGGUACACUCUCGUGAAGGUCUAACAGUUGACGAAUCUGACCCCGAAUCUGAAUCUCUUCACGAGGAUUUCGAUAACGGGUGGGGAGAGGACUUUCAUGAUGUCGAUACCUCCAGCUACCGGCGUCCACAAUUGAGAAAUUUAAAGCGGCAACCAAAGCUUGCGCCUUCACCUCAUCCACCUUUAUCUCUUCAUAACAAAACUUCAUUUAAACGACCGCGUAUGAUCGUGGAUGCCCCAGGUCCUUCCUCGCGUGGAGACUAUGUAGACUACAACUCGCCCGGACCUUCUCAUUCACCUGGUGGUGGUGCUAGAACUUUAUCCUACGAAGUCGCCAGUAAUGGUGACGACUUGUCAGAAGAGCCUCCUCUGAUUUACUCUAAAGGUGUUGGAUUUCCUCUGAGCAAUGUCACUAGACGCAAUAAUUCUGGCAUUAUCAGAACCUCACCUGUUGUUGGUGGAAAUGGCAGCGACCGAACUUUUUCUCAGAAGCCACCAACUGUCGGAGGAGGCUAUAUCGGUCCACGGCUCCACAGAUAA